UUUCCCAGCUUCAGCAAUCACAUUGUGAACUUGCGUCUUUCACUUGGAGAAGGAAAUGGGUAACAAGCCUGUAAAGGAAGAAGUGCAAAGGAAGGAAGAGAUUCUAGUGAAGGUGGUUCCUCCUCUUGACAAAACAUAUGUUCGAUGGCUUGCGAGAGAUCUUGAAAGGAUUCAUGGAUUCACUCCAAAGAACCCACAGGCAAUUGAACCACCCCAACAUUAUAUUGAGUACAUGCGUCAUAGUGGAUGGUUGGACUUAAACCUGGAUGAUCCUGACCUUGCCCACCUGUUCAAGUGAGAGAACUCGUGUUACAUUUUCUUUUAAUGCAGCAAUGUUGUUGGUUUCUUGUUUUAAGGUCGCCAAUCUAUAUACUCUCUAGGUUGCGAAGUAUGAUACGCUCUAUAAGAAGCUUCAUUAUCCAACUUUAUUGUUGUAUAAAAUUGUUUGCUACUUGGUUGUGAAAUGGUAUGUUGUUUAUACCGGUGGUGGCUACUUUGA